AUGAGGAUACCACCAUCAGUCCUCGAGGGUUGUAAUGAAUUCUUCACUGCAGCUGAUGAGAGAUGUCAGAAAGCAAGUACCCAAUUUUUUUCAGAUACUGGAGUUAUGACCCUACUCUGUUGUUGUGAUUGUGUUAUUCACCCUGCCAACAUGACUUCAGCAGGGGAGAAGCAACACUAUGCACUUGCCCUCAUCAAAUCAUUAUUCAGUCACCUCCCUGAUGAUUUUCACAUUGGGCUGUUAUAUGACAUAGGCUUUUCUUUUGCUAUAUCAGUCUUUCAUGCCUUUGGUCAUCAAUGGGCUUGCCAGCUCAUCUAUCACCCUUGGAAACAAGAAGGGUUUGGACUUUCUGAUGGAGAGGGUUUUUCUGGGUAUCAUCAACACCUCUUUGUCAUUGACUCCCAGGUGCACUAUCUUGACAUGAAGAGUCUUACUGGUCUUGGCCAGUGGCUUUUGCAGUGCUGGAACCACUGUCAAGAAAAAAAGGCUUCUGCAAAAAUGGGUCUAAGAAAAUCUGGAAUCAAUAUUCAGACACUUCAAGCUGAAUGGGAGGCUCAGGUUUCAGUACAAACCAAGCCAGCAUCUCAUAAGCUUCCUAUAGCUGAGUGUCACAAAAAGAUUAUGCAUUUCAAACAAGCUUCACAAAGACAGAGGGCAAGCCUUGGAAUAGAUGGGUUUGCAGAGCUUUCCAGGCUCCAGAAUAGUUCCUUUCUUCAGGCUGACCAUCUGUGUCAACAAAAGUUUGAAUUAGAGAGACUAGAAAUGGUCUUACCUACCAGACUAGUUAGUGAACAAAAACUUCAAAUCCAUCUUUCUACCUCCUACAAUAAUUUGUGUUUGCAGUUGGUAGCUCUCAUCCACCAGGGGAAAGCCCCUCAAGGGGCCAUAGCACCUAUACUGAUCCAAAGGGAUGGUUUGUUCAAACUAGAUGUGGAUGAUGAUAUCUGGCAGGAUAUUGGUCUUGAGGAUGAUUCUGUGGGAUUGCCACCAGCUUGGUUAGCUGAUGAAAGGAGGUGUGAGGAGGAGGAAAGGAGGCUCCUGUAUGAAAGAAAAACCUUGAUGGAAUGGCACUCAGAAGAAUGGAGAUGGCUGGAGAAAUGCAGAGUGGAUGCAGGUAAGAGAGCUGUUGUGUCAUUGAAUGUAUUAAGAUAA